GUAAUUUGUUGACAAUUGUGAACCAAACAUUAAUGCUCAAAACAGCAAUGACUGUGCACUUUUCAAAAUAAAAUUCAAUGAUACUAAAUAGAAAGAAAAAUAAUUUUCUUGAAUAUUUUCAAUGUCUUUUCUUUUAUAAUUUAUUAAUGAACUAAAUAGAAAGAAAAAGCUACACCAAUGACCAUUUAAAGUAAGAUUGUUUAUGUGUGUUUUUAAAUAAAUUUAGUAUUGCUUACUCAAAUUUUAUUGAUCAUAAUACAAAUAGUGUCAGUUUAAAUUAUUAAAUAUUACAUAUAUAAAUUAAAAUUUUCAGCUGAAUUUUUAAUAUUUAUUUUUAGUCUCUGUGUGUGAGAGAGAGAUAUGUUUUGUUAAAUAUUGACUUCUUUUGCUAGCAUAGUCUGUUUUCUAAUAGUAAAUUAUAUAAUUUUGGUGAAAAUGUUUGUAGCACUUUCUAGGAAAUUCGUUGGACAACCUAUCCCUGCAAACAUUAUUUCGAGAUACAUGUAUUAUCCAAUCAAAGAUUGAAAAGAUCAAAUUCACAAAAAUGAGUAAUGUUCAAGAAAAUGAUACACUGAACACUCUUUAUGAGGUUUCAUUGAGAGGUAGUGUUUCUGAGUUAGAAACUCUGAUUGGAAGAGACCCUCUUAUCCUUCACAGAAUUUCCUUAACAGCAUUCACUGAAACUCCUUUGCACAUAUCAGCUUUACUUGGUCAUCUUGAUUUCACAAAGUCCCUUCUGACUCACAGACCUCAACUUGCUCUUGAGACUGACCACUGCAAACGCACCCCUCUUCAUCUGGCUUCUGCUGAAGGCCAUGUAGAGAUUGUUCAUGUUUUGCUGCAGACAUGUGAAGAUGCAUGCUUGAUGAGUGACCAAGAUGGAAGGAUUCCUCUUCAUUAUGCAGCUAUGAGAGGAAGAACGGAGGUUGCAAGACAGUUGAUCAGUGGAGCAAAGUCAGAAUCUGUGAUGGUGUUUGAUGGAUCAGGAAAAACUAUGUUUCACCUUUGUGUUGAGCACAAUCACUUGGAGACUUUGAAAACACUGGUGGAAGUUGGAAAUGUCACGGAGGAUUUUCUAAACUGUGGAGACUUUCAUCAUGGAAAUACCAUUCUCCAUUUGGCUGUUAUGUUCAAGCAACUUGAGAGUGUAAGGUACUUGCUCUCAAUAUCCAAAAUAAAAGAAGAAGCAAAUAUUGAGAACAAGAUGGGUUACACUGCUUUGGACAUGCUAGAGCAUGUUCCAAAAGACAUGAGAAGUCUUCAAAUAAAACUCAUGCUGAUGGAUGCUGGAUUCAAGAACAAUGAAAAUAACCAAGUUCAUCAUCCACCAUCUGCAUCAAUCAUAGAUGUUCCUCCAUCAAGGACAAUAAAUCCAAAUGAAAAGUUUUGGAGUUUGAAGCGUGUGAACAAGGUCUUAAACCUUAAAAGUGGUAGGUUGGAAGAAAUGAGAGGCAUGUUGAGUUUGGUGUCUACAAUGAUCUCAACCGUGACCUUUGGUGUUGUGAUCAAUCCACCAGGUGGUGAUGAUCAUUGGUUAUCUGUAGAAGAUAGAAAAAUGUUCAUAAGUUUGUUAACUAUGAACACAAUCUCUUUCAUUGCAUCACUCGGUGUCACUCUUUUACUUAUAAGUGGAGUUCCCUUAAAGAAUGAAGUCACAAUGGGGCUCUUAUCAGUAGGCACAUGUGUCUGUCUCACAUUUCUUGUGCUUACUUACAUAAAUGCUGUGCAAUUGAACAAAAAUUUGCAUUUUGGGGACACAUUUUCUGUGAUGUUUUCUUGGUUUGUACUUGUUGGGACAAUAGUUGUGUUUACCAUAAUUCGUGUAAUUUCUAAGCUAGCGAAAGUUCUGUAGCAUGGAGCAAAAGGUGGUUGAAACCUUGUCUAGAACAUCUUCUUUACAAUUUGAACGUGUUUUUAGUCCAUCCAUCUUAAGAUAAGUUUUUGUUAUAAAAUUA